CUUCUACUACUUCUCUAUCGGAAAGUAAGCUGCAGAAGCUUCAUAAUUCUGUUCAACUGUUAUUUUUUCCAAAUUCAACUUCUACAACUUGUCAUCUAUUCCUCAAAACACGAAAGUACAACAUUACAGCUGCGUCUCGCACUCGCUACUUCGUUCAAGCUUCAUCAUCGUAGUUUACCUUCAACUGAAAGUGAUUUUUAGUUUUACUCUCUCCGACUACAAACCGGGACUUGUUCGUCACCCACUUCUUUAUCAUUCUUGUCACUAACACUAUUACCUUUUGUGGAAAUCGAGAAAAUGAAAAUGCCGGGUCAAGAACACCAAG